AUGGCGUCGACCACCGCGACUCUCAAGGAGACGGUCAAGGAGACUCUGCUCGGUGUCGAGGAGGAGGCUCAGCUUCCGUCCCAGACGCGUGCCGAGUUCAUGCAAUAUGCCACAACCGAUCCCGAGUCCGGAGACCACUACAUGGGCGAGGAGGAGUUCGUCAAUGCCAUUGCUCCCGAGUCUGAGGAUUACCACAAGAUCAAGCGUGCGCAGUAUGCCGUCCUCUUCUCCAUUGCCGACCGCCGCAAGACUGGUCGCGUAACCCUCUCCGACUGGGCUACCUUCAACAACCUCCUAGCAAAGCCCGAUGCCGAGUAUGAGAUCGCUUUCCGUCUUUUCUGCGACCCCAACACUGGUGUCGUUGACUUCAACUCGUUCAAGGAAGCUUAUGCUCGCAACCGCUCUCCCGACAACAUUCCCUUCGACUGGAACUCAACAUGGGCCUCCCUGUAUGUUGGCGACCGCAAGAACAGGCAUAGCAUGACCUACCCGCAGUUCGCCCAGAUGCUGCGUGGUCUGCAAGGAGAAAGAAUCAGACAAGCAUUCCACCACUUCGACAAGGACGGCGACGGCUACAUUGACCCCGAGGAGUUCGAGCGCAUCAUCCGCGAGACCGCCUCGCACAAGCUGUCCGACCACCUUCUCUCCAAUCUCCAGACCCUCUGCAACAUCUCGCCCGGCAGCCACAUCUCGUAUGCCAAUGUACGCGCUUUCCAAAACAUCAUCCGCGACAUGGACCUUGUCGAGUUGGUCAUUCGCAACGCUGUCGGAAAGACCGACGACGGCAAGAUCACUCGUACCGACUUCUUGAACGAGGCCGCUCGCAUCACUCGCUUCUCUCUGUUCACCCCCAUGGAAGCCGACAUCCUCUUCCACUUUGCCAGCUUAGACCAGCCUUCCGGCCGUCUAGGAGUCUCCGAUUUUGCACGCGUCCUCGAUGCUUCCUGGGCGUCUCACCACACAGUCUACGGCGCCGCUACUGGUGCUGCUGCUGACGUUGCCGCUGCCGCUGUUUCCAAAUCAAGUUCCUUCCUCCAUGGUGUUCUCGUGUCCGCACAUCACUUCGCACUCGGUUCCAUUGCUGGUGCCUUUGGUGCUUUCAUGGUCUACCCCAUUGAUUUAGUCAAGACCCGUAUGCAGAACCAGCGCAAGGCCCGUGUCGGUCAGCUCCUCUACAAGAACUCGAUCGAUUGUUUCUCAAAGGUCAUCCGCAACGAGGGUGUGAGAGGCUUGUACUCUGGUGUACUGCCCCAGCUCGUUGGUGUAGCCCCCGAGAAGGCCAUCAAGCUGACAGUCAACGACCUGGUCAGAGGAAAGGCUUCAGACCCCACGACUGGCGAGAUCAAACUUCCUUGGGAGAUUAUCGCUGGUGGUAGUGCUGGUGCUUGUCAGGUCAUCUUCACCAACCCUCUCGAGAUUGUCAAGAUUCGUCUGCAGAUCCAGGGUGAGGUUGCCAAGUCACAAAAGGCUGUCGAGAAGAGAAGUGCCAUGUGGAUCGUGCGUAACCUCGGUUUGGUCGGUCUCUACAAGGGUGCCAGUGCAUGUUUGUUGCGUGAUGUCCCAUUCUCUGCCAUUUACUUCCCUACAUACAACCAUCUCAAGAAGGACUACUUCGGAGAAAGCCAAAACAAGAAGCUCGGUAUCUUGCAACUGUUAACCGCAGGUGCCAUUGCCGGUAUGCCUGCAGCAUAUUUGACCACUCCUUGCGACGUUAUCAAGACUCGUCUGCAAGUAGAAGCCCGUAAGGGAGAAACCCAGUACACAUCGCUCCGCCAUUGCGCCAAGACUGUUUGGCAAGAAGAAGGUUUCCGUGCCUUCUUCAAGGGUGGACCUGCCCGUAUUCUUCGUUCUUCGCCUCAGUUCGGUUUCACUCUCGCUGGUUACGAGCUUCUGCAAAAUCUUCUCCCUCUUCCUGGUGAGGAGCACGACCUCGGACCUCGCGGCAGCCUCGAGCCUGCAACCGGAUUGCAAGAGGCAAAGGCACCGCUUCCUUACUUGAGGAGUAGAAAUGCGCUCAAGAUCAUCCUGGACCUUGAUGUUGGUUUCGGUAGCCCCAAGCUGCCCGAGGGCCAGAAGUUCACUGGUAUCCCCGGCUUCCGCUGA